UGAAAUAUGGCGGCGUUAGAGAUAGUAAACAUCUCUGGUUCCAAUUCAUAACAUUAACCUUUAAUACUAAAUUAAUCUGCACAUGGUUGAAUUUGUGACAAUAUUAGCAUGCCAUCUGAAAAUCGAAGACCCAAGGAUGAUACGUGGACCCCUGCAGAACUGAAUAAAGCUUUAAAGGGUUCAAAGGAUGACACCCAUCAUAGUAAAAAGAGAAAAGAAGAUGAUGGUGAACGUCGACAUCACAGGGAAGACUUAAAUGGAUCAGAGCGCAGGAAAGAUGAGGAGAAAAGGUCUCAUAGAAAGGAGGAGGAUGAAAGAAAAGUAAGACGUCACAGAGAUCAGGGAGACCCAGGUGAAAAGGUUGAACUUACAGAGACAGCAGUUGGUUCUGAUGAGAGAGAGAGGUUACGACAAGAGCGAAGAGCUAAAAGAGAGGGAGGGACAAAAGAGGAAAAAAAAUCAAGACCAAAAGAAAGUAAAUCUGUAAAGAUAACUGAUGAUGAUGAGGAUAGAAAAAAGAGGCACAGAGACAGAGAUGAAGAAGGACAUAGAGAAAGAAGAAAUAAAACUGAAGAAUCUCAAAAAACAAAAGAUGGCAGGGAGGGAGACAGAAAGCUGGAUAAAGAUAGAGAAAGACGCCAUAAAGAAGCUGAAGAUAGGGAACACAGGCGUCGACGAGAAGCUGGGGAUGAGGAGAGGAAACAGAAGCACAAAGAGGAAGAUAGCUCAUCACGACGUAGACAUAAGGAGGAAGAUGGCAGUGACAGGCGCAGGCAUAAGGAGGACGAAGGUAGUGAGAGGCGCAGGCAUAAGGAAGAAGAGGGCAGUGACAGGCGCAGGCAUAAGGAGGAUGAGGGCAGUGAGAGGCGCAGGCAUAAAGAUGAAUCUACCAAACUCAAGACCAAAAAUACCGUGGACGAUGAAGAGUUGGAACGUGAAAGACGAAGGCAAGAGAGGAGAGAGAGGCAUGAGCGAGAGAAACAGAAGGACAAAGAGAGUGACACUGGGACAAGACAUAAAGACAAGGAUAGAGAGAAGGAGAGGGAUAAGGAGCAUCACAGGAGAAAAGAAGAAAAAGAAAAGGGUGAAUCUAGAGAUGAGAAAAAGCAGAGAAGCUCAGAGAAACAUCGGGGCAGAGAUUAUGAUGAGGAGCACGAAAUAAAACAAGAACCGAAAAGACAAAGUAGCAGACACCACCAGGAAUCUGAGAAAGAAUUGGGCUCCAGUCAUCGCAGGAAAGAUGCGGAAGAUGAAGAAAAUGAAGAGGAUGCUUACAAUUAUGAAGAAGAUUUUGAGGAUUAUGAUGAUGACUUUGAAGAUGAUGUUGAUGGAGACUCGGACAGAAAAGAGAGGAGGAAACAUAUUGAUAAGGGAGGAGAAAUGGAAGAAGUACUGCGAGCUAUAGAUGAGGAAAAUAAUCGUUUGGCCUCGAUCUCUCGCAAAUCCAACUGGUCUGACUCUACGGACGAUGAUCGCCUGAAAGAGAGUAGAGAUUACAGUGAACCUGUACAAAAGAAUACAUCGAAAACAAAGUCAUUUAUCAAUUUCGUAUCAGCUAAGCAACGAGUAAUGAGUAACACAAUCGCAGGGAAAACUCGUAAGAGAUUUGAAGACCUGUCCAAGCUGAUUGAACUGGACGUAGCAAGGUACGAGAUGUUUGACCUCCCUCCUGUGCAGGAGUAUCAGAUCUACAUGCGCACAUUUGGACGCUCGGACACAAAGCAAGCCUACGUGCAAACAAGAGAUGAUGAUGCUGAUAAGGAUGUCCAGACGGAGGAGGUUGAAAGCUUGAACAAGUGGACCCAGCAUCCGCCUGAUGAUGAAACUGCUGUAGGAGGGGAGGGAAUAAAUGUUCAGUCUGCAAGUGAUGUAGAUAAAACUAGUGGACCAACAGAUCCUGAAAAGCUGUAUUUAUUUUUGGAAAAGGUUGGCCAGUUUUUAUUCACCAUAUUGGAUGAAGAGUCCAAGAGCAGUUCUGAUGAGGAGAAGAGAAAAGAUAGCAAACCUAAAACAAGUUUCAGUAAAAAGUCUUUCCAACUUGGCAUGCCAGGUCUCUUGAAAGAUCGACAUGUUGAAGCACUUUCAUUUUGUCAAUCGGAGCCAAACUUUUUGAUAUCCGUCCAUUCUCCAACUGUGAAUAAUCCUCAGAAAAAUGCUGAAAAAUCUGGCUCAUCAUCUGUAGAUAAUAAGACAAAAUCUGCAUUAGAGAAACUGUCCAUUAUUUGUGUUUGGAAUAUAUCACAACCAACAUAUCCAUUCAGGAUAUGUGGGAGCUCUAUGAAAAUAACAUCAGUUUGUUUCAGUCCGACAAAAGCAACACUAGUGUUUGCCGGCAUGUAUGAUGGGUCAGUUGCACUGUGGGAUCUCAGAGAGCCUGUGUCACUGCACAGGAACCUGGUUGUGGAGGGGGAAAAAUAUCUAAUCCGUUUCCCAACCUACAAUUCUGCUGGUAUCAUGGAGUCAGAGAACCAUCACAGCCCUGUUGUAGCUAUAGCUCCUGUCUAUGCUCAAGUAAUUGGAUCUCAAAAGGAUGAUUCUACAACAGAAUCCAGUUCUGGGUUGUCAUUCCAGCUGUCUUCAGUAGAAGAAAGGGCAGUCAUUAACUUUUGGGUUGUGGCUGAGAUCUCUGGCACUGACCCAGCAGGAUCAGAAAAUGAACUUGGUCUGGCACCAGGGGGGAGGAUCAAACUUUUGAGGAGCUCCUCCAUUGUUUUGACCAACCCAAACAGAUAUUUAUCCAAUUCUGAGGAGUUGAAGGCCUUAGAUUUACGUUUGAAUCCUGGAGAUUUGAAUCAUUUUUAUGUAGCUACUGAUGCAGGCUGUGUUGUACAUGGGGUUAGGUUUGGCAAGGGAGCCUAUCCACACUACCACUCUUCUGUAGUUGAUUCUCCAGUACCCAUUACAGCUUUAGAUUUUUCUCCAUUUGGGCUGCCUUACUUUUUGGCUGGCUGCCAGGAUGGAACCCUACAUUUAUUUCACUGCACAUUAGAGCGGCCAGUGGCCACAUGGAAAGAGUUUCUGACCGGGGCCAUCCUGAGUGUCAGAUGGUCCCAAAGUCGGCCGGCCGUGUUCUUUGUUUUAGAUGACAGCUCAGCCGUGUGCACGUUUGACCUGGUGGAGAAUGGACUGGGUCCAGUGAAGAUGGAUAAACUGACCACUGCCAAAGCCACAGUUCUGGAAAUUGGAGGUGAUCCAAAUUUAUUAGCCAGUGGCGCCACUAGGCCGGCACACAUGGUAAUUGCAAUGAAUAAUGGUGCCGUAGAAGUGAUGAGCCUUAAUGAUGAGAUGAGGGAACAGCAGCCUUUAGAAGAGGAGUUCAUGGCUAGAUAUGUGGACAGAUACUAAAGAUCAUUUAUAGAUCUUUUGUUUGGCUUUUUUUCUUUACUGCUGUCAAUCAAAAUAUUUCUCUUAAAGUUAGUUGUUGUGUUCUAGCUCAACAGUAAAUUUAAUUUAAAAUAGUGUUUAGAGUAGGAGCCCUUUGAACUUUUUGUUGUUGAAAAGCUGGAAGGUAGCAACAAAACAAAAAUCUAGUUUGUGACUGUUGUUUAUAAAGAAAUCAAUUUAUGCCAGGUAAAAGAAAUUAUUUAUAUGUUGCAUAAAACAAUGCAAUCAUACUUUAAAAAUAUUUCUUUAUUACUUUUGAAAUUAAUAUAGGCUUUACAAAUUUUAUACCUUGAUUAAAUAUUUUAACUAAAUCAGUGUAAAUUGGUGUAAGGUGGCUGUUUGAAAACAUCUUGAGGUAAAAAUAGUGAAACACAAUCAACAAAUCAAUUUUUACCUGUGUAAACCUGCAUCUAUUAAUUGAGAUUAAUUAUUUAGGUCGUGUAAUGUACAAAUUAUCUUUGAAGCUUAGGAGUUCAGUCAAACAGUUUUAAAAAAAUGUCAGCUUUUCAGAAUAAUUUUUCUGUAGUUAGAUGAUUCCUUUGGGUGAGCUGCAGGUAUAAAUUAAACCUUAAAGUCUUUACUAAGUGAUAUUUUUUUUACAACUUAAAUCAGUUAAAAUAAUUCUUUAACUUAUGUGCAGUUUCUAUAUAUCCAAUUUGUGAAUCCAAUGAAUUAAUUUGUUGUUUAAAUUACUUACAAAUGAUUAUUUGUGAAUGAAAUGAACAAUUUCUUUGAAUCCCUCCAUGAUCUGUAAGUAUCACAACACCAGGUAAACAGAUACCAGCAAUUUUCUUUACUUGUGAACUUAAAAAAUGUAAUUACAUGUUUUUCAAUAAUUUAAUAGUUGUUUUUUUCAAUAAACACAUUGAUCUACUUAAAAUUUAUUUAUUUUGAUUCCCAGAAUUCAUUUGGAAUUGUAAGCAAACUAUUAUUUAUGUUGGAAUUUGAAGUAUUGCAAUUAAAAAAGUGUUGUAUAAGUGACCUGUUUAGCUUAUCUGUGAUACUUUAUUCAUUUAUUUGUUUUGUAAAUCUUAUUGCUUUUUUUCUUUCACUCAUUUGAAUAAUGAUGAGAAAUCUUUUUCCUUUACAUUGCUUGAUUUACAUGCAAUUUUACUUUUCUUGCAUAAAUUAUUAAUUAGGUUUCAAAACACAUAUCUACUUUGAAUAUUUGUUUAAUAAAUGUUUGUUAUAAACUAAAAAAUAUGAAAAAUCUAAAGUGUCGAGCCCAGGUUUAAAAACUUGUGACGUUUACGCUAGCAAGUAUGCGGUCUACCUCUAGACCACGCUGCCCCCACCAUAUUGUGUACUACUAGUCUCACUUCUACACUAACUUUUCUCAUAUGAGUAACAGAUCUUUGACAUUUUACUGCAGAAUUAUAUACAUAUAUAGACCUCUGUCUGUUUAAAACAAAAUUUUUAAAUAAUUUUUUACAAGCCACUUGUAUAAAUAACUUUUAAUUUAUUGUGCUCAAUUUUUGUUUUGAUAAUCUAAGAAAAUUAAAUCAGCUAAAUAAAUGUGACAAACUAGUACUUUUGCUUAAUGACAUGAGUUGACAUUUGUCUUGACAUAAGGAUUGAAAUCUGUUUCUACAUGUGCGUUCAGAUAUUUGUUGACAUUUGUAUAAACUGCUAGUGCUAAUAUAUAUUUUCAUUUAUCAACGAUUCUCCCCAUGUGUAGACUUUGACUUACAUUCUGACAGAUCUGUUGAUAAAUGUUGGCAUUCCAGAUAAUGACUUGAACAUUUUCAAAAUUAUUUUUAAAUUUGUGAAUUAUUUCUAUGAUUUUAUUUUUAUAUUGGUUUUUGAAAAAUGCUUAAAUAUUGAUUAGCCAUUAACCAGUAGCUAGUAUUGUCAUUGAAUGAUACUUCAGUGCGAAGUAUUUUAACAGUUUCAGUCCUGGGCUGUAUCAGUUAAUAAAUAUGAAGUAAUGGCUAAUUAACAACCAAAUAAUGUUUAACAGGCUAGGUUUGCUCUUUGAAUAUCUUGUUUGUUCUGUACAAUAAACAUAUUUGACUUGA